AUGGAGGAAGAAGGAGGGAGGAGCAAAAGAAGGCUGCAGUUAGACCAGGUAGUUGAAAAUGAUGGGGAGGAUGAUUUGUUGGAUGAUGAAGAGGGUUUUUGUAGUGAUGUGGGUUUUGAGGAAGAUGAUGGGGCAGGUGAUACUGAUGAUGAAGAAGUUGGAGAAGAUGCGGAAGAAGGUGAUGAAUGUGGGGAGGAUUAUGAGUUGGUUGAUGAUUAUGAUGAGUCACUGGAUGCAGGAGAUGAACUAAAUGAGGAAUUGUUUAUGGAAAAUGACGAUGACCUGGAUGAUUAUAAGUCAGAAGAUUUUAUCGUUGGUGAAGAAGAUAUUGUAGACGUACGAAACACUUAUGGUCAUGAGGAUGUAUUAACUGGCGUGGGUCAUGGGGAUGGAGGUGGUUUUGGGGUUGAUCUAUUAUAUCGUUCCUAUGGGGAGCAGCAAGGUUUUGGUGUGGUCUGUAUGGGAGGGAAUAGGAGCCUAGGUAAAGACAAUGAAAACGGUAAAUCAAAUUCCAGGACCUAUGUGUGGAGGUGCGAGUGUCACGGAAGGCCAAACUACCGGCGAAAAGUUAAUGGGAAGAUAGUCACCUGUGUUGAGGAACCAAUUGUUAAGAGGAAGACGAAGAAGUACGGUUCCCCUGUUAUGCUGUAUGGUGCUCGUAAAGAGAACAUAUGGGUUGUGAAGACUGUUGUGAAUGAACAUGUUAACCACAUUCCUACGCCUAGCAAGUCUAACCAUAUUUCGAUGUUUCGGGUGAAGAGAAUAACACAGACACUCCUGAAACAGAUGGAAAACGAUCACGAUUCAGGGGCGCCUGUUGCACAGAUUUUUAACAACUUAGCAGGCAGAAGGAAUGGGGUAGAGAAUAUAGGUUUUACGAAGAAAGAUAUGCACAAUAUUUUAAAUAAGAGGAUGCGACUAAGGAUUAGAGAUGGGGAUGCUGUUGCAAUGAUAAAUUAUUUAGAUAAAACGACCAAGGAUAACCAAAAUUUUUUUCAUCUUCACCGGCUUGAUAAAACAGUGAAGUUUAAGGACGUAAUGUGGGUUGAUGCUCGAAGCAGAGCUGCCUAUCAGUAUUUUGGGGAUGUUGUAUGUUUUGACUCUACGUACUUGACAAAUAAGUAUGAGUUGCCAUUUUCGAAUUUUAUCGGGGUUAAUCACCAUGGGUAA